AUGCAGCUCGGGGCAGGCGGUGGGACCGUGGAACCUGCCAUGCCACCUGUUCCAGAAUCCAGUGAAGAAGGGGACUCCAGUCCCAAGAGACGUCGGGGUGAAAGCAAAGGGCCGCCGCCGCGCUCGAAGAAGAACAAGGCCCCGGAAAAGUUCGACUGGCACACUCUGCGUGGGCUACUCACGGAGCACCGUGAUGACAUCGUCAAGCACAACAGGGAUCAUGUGGAGCAAGUUUGCCAAGCCCUCGAGACCAAGGUCGAUGCCAGGUUCUCCCAGGUUGAUGCCACGUUCCGGGACAUGACUGACAAGAUCCAGGGGAUGGAGGCCAAGGUGCAACGACUCGAAGGACUUCUUCAAGGGGGGGCUCGGGCAGGGCCGAUCGACGACAUGGAUGAGAAAAGGCGGGCGACACUGGUCUUUGGGGGAUGGAACCCGGACACCCAGCGCCGUACCAUCCUGAACGAGGUCGAGGAGGCCUUGACACGGUUGAACCUCAAGCAGUACACUGACAAGGCUCCCUUCACCACAGGACCCCGUCGCAGCGUUGCUCUUCUUCCCUUCGAGCUCCGUCAAGGUGAGGCUGACAGUGACCGGAAGACCCGUAUGCAUACGGUGCUCAUGGGAGUGACGGAGGCCAAGGCUCAAACGUCACACGGGAAGCGCAUGUGGAGCAGCUACAGUAAGUCCAAGGCGCAGAGGGAUAUCUCCAGUCACUGCUCGUGGGUGAAAAGAUCCUUGGCCAGCUUCAACCAGGAACUCGUGGGGCACCUCGACCUCGAGUACGGCAGCGGGACUGCUUGGCUCGGGGAGUACAUGGUCGCGAGUGUCAGCCGGCCUCCGCCGGGGGGUGUCGAUGAGUCGGAAAUGCUAUGGGACGACAGGCUGGUGGCCAGGCCUUGGAUCCAUCUCGGGGCGAUCGCCAGGGUCAGUGGGGUCUCUACGGUGGACCUUCGCAACGGGUUCAGGGAGUUCCAACGCUGA